AUGUCAAUGCUUGACUAUGCUCACGCUCGGGCAGAUAUGACGACGGGAAUUCCCCGUGGUGUUGGGGCUCCUCCACCACCAGGCUUAGAUCCAAAACGGGGCAAAUUGAUGUGUAUUAAAGUACGAAUGUUGGAUGAUUCUGUUGCCGUUUUUCAUUUGGGGCAUAAAGCCAUCGGACAAACGUUAUUGGAUGAGGUGUCAAGACAUCUUAAUCUAUUAGAAACUGACUAUUUCGGAUUGGAAUUUGUAGAUAAUAUGAGGAAUAGGUGUUGGUUAGAUAAGGAUAAAGCUAUUAUACGUCAAAUCGCUAGUAGUGAUGCUAAAUUUUAUUUCGUUGUUAAGUUUUAUAGUCCAAAUCCAAUAGAUUUAGAAGAAGAGUAUACAAGAUAUCUUUUAACACUCCAAAUAAGGAGAGAUUUGGCAACUGGAGAUUUACAUUGUUCAGAAUCAACAGCUGCUUUAUUAGCAGCAUAUCUCGUGCAGUCAGAUUGUGGUGAUUUCUCUUCUGAAGACUAUCCUGACGCUUCUUAUCUAUCUCAUUCUCGAUUUGUUCCCAACCAAACUUACGAAUUUCAACAAAAAAUAAUGGAAAAUCAUAGAAAUCUUGUAGGAAUGUCUCCAGGCGAAAGCGAUUUAGCAUUGUUAGAAGUUGCUCGACGCUGUGAUUAUUAUGGCAUUAAGUUUCAUGCAGCGAAGGACAUUGAAGGAACUGAUGCUAAUCUGGCCGUUAUGCAUUUGGGAAUAAAAGUUUUUCAUCAAUUGCACUGCGUUAGUACGUUUUCAUGGGCUAAAAUACGUAAGCUUAGUUUUAAAAGGAAGAAGUUGUUAAUUAAACUUCACCCUGAUAGUUAUCAGUAUUAUAAGGAAACAAUUGAGUUUGUAUUUGAAACAAGAAACGAAUGCAAGAACUUUUGGAAGAAAUGCGUUGAACAUCACGCUUUCUUCAGAUGUACUUCAGUAGAGAACUCUAAAAAAGAUGGACGCCUGUUCAGCAAAGGAAGUUCAUUCAGGUACAACGGACGUACUCAGAAACAGCUGAUUGACUAUGUACGCGAACACCACAAACGUAGAGAGCCUUUCACAAGACCUCUACGAUCUGCUGGAACAUUAUCAACACGUGGAGACUAUGUGAGCUCGAAUUCUGUGAAAUACUCGGUUGUUCGAGAAAAGAAAUCUAAUGGUUCACGUCAUGAUCAUCGUUCGAUGCCUCAUUUAUCGGCCGGAAGCGGUGGAGGAGGAUCUACAACCUCAGGUACAUUAGAUGCUCGUGUGAUAACAUCACAUCAGCAAGCUACUUCUGCGAUUGCUUCAUCUUCUGCUUCAUCAGCAUACGCUCAAGCAGUCUUGAACUCCAAACAUCUUAAUAAUAUAAAUAAUAAUAACAAUAAUAAUAAUACAAGCAACAAUCAAACUCAUCUGAAAAAAACUUUAACAGAUUGUGAAAAUAACACAUUUCGUUCAAAUCUUAAAACGCAUGAUCGAACUGAAACAUCCAAUACCAUUUUCAAGGAAUCAACAGCUGAAAAUAUUUCUUUAUCCUUACCUAAUGUUUUAUCCGACGAUAUUCAAAUUGUUUGUCGUGAGCUGGAAUUCGAAAAUAAUUCCAAGCAUCCUCCAAAGUCUGUCUCGGGUGAUAACUUUCUUGAUCUUAUCGAAAAAUCUAACGAUUACGAUAAUGUCAGCGAAGAUUCGUACCGUCUUUCUGAUAAUGAGCGAAGCGUUCGUUCAGAUAUUGCUGCUCACACAAGCGCACAAGUGUUCAAUACAACUUUCACUACUAAGCGUAUUGGUAACGUUGUUGUGAAAAGAGUUGUUUCACAAACAAAAUCGACUCCUAAUACGACGGAUGAUGAAGAUUCUGAACACAUAACAUCAACACGUUCGGAUAUUGAGCCUCGUAGUCAUAGUCAGCCAAGAAGAAGGCCCAUCAAGGAAUAUCCUUUUUUCUCCACUACAGUGGUUCCGAUUGAAAUUGAUGGACCUAAUGUAGAUUUAAAGGCAAGGCUUCAUAAAUCAUCUGCUUCAUCAAAUGUCUCAACACCAUUGUCUUCACACCUUAGCCGUAAACCGAUUUAUACGUCCUCAGGAGCUCUGCUCGUUAAACCGAAAGUGAUUUCCACAGAGUGCGAUAAUCUUUCAUCUAUAUCUGCACCAUAUGCUAGCGUGAAAGUUUCUCCGGACUCCGGAACUUAUUCAACAAUUGUAUCGCCCAUUGUUCGAGAAGCUAAGGAAGAACAUUCUGUUAGAAUUUCUGGACCACUACCUGGCAAAGUUCUCACGAGAGAGAAUAUGGUAGUGACUCCCGAUGGCUUGAAAGAACGUCGUCAAAAGCCAGCUGUUCCGCCAAAACCGAAGAUUCCUGAACACGGCAUCAAACCAAAAGCGGAAAUAAUCGGUCAUCCUGUUGUUUAUAUGCCACAAGAAUUCUCAAGAGAAUCUAGCGAGGAUCGCUCUUCAUCAGCCGCUCCUUUACCACCUCCUCCAUCAUCAGCCCCUCCGAUUCCGACACCUUUUUCACACCCUCAAGGAUUAUCAUCUGUUACAAUAACAAAUGAACCAGAAGAAGAUUUGUCUACAUCUCGGCGUAUAUUGAACCGUCCUGCUUUAAUAUCAGUUAAAAGCGAGGAUAGCCCAGAAAUAGAAAAAUGUCAUUUAUAUAACAGUGACAUUCCUUAUACGCUCACACUGAGGAAUCUCGACUCAAAAGAGCCAGAAGCUUUUGAAACUAGUUCUUUGAAGAAACCGAACAAGUCUCAAGUAUCAGAAGCGGCUAUGGUAUUUGAGAGGCGAAAAUCACUAGAUUUGGUGCCACGAAAACGUUUGCCCUCACCAGGAAACUUCUCCUCGCAGGAUCAUUCAAUAUCACCCACAAGCCCGGAUGGAGAUGUUCUAGAAUAUUUAUUGAGAAGAAGAAGUAUGAGUCAGGAACGCAGCUCGAUAUCUAAAAAAGGAAAGAGAGGAGAUGUUCGGCGCCAAACACAGCCAGUUCGCUUUGAUUUACCAGCUCACUCACCAGCAUAUUCUCCAACAACAACGUCAUCAACUCCGUUCAUCAGCUUCCUGAAUGAUGAUGUUGAUGAUUGUAUAUCGGAAUCUCGAAGCCUUCACGAUGAUAUGGAUCGAUUAGAAAAACAGACUCAUAGCAUUAGCUCACUCAACAUUGAAGAACGUGCUGGAUCAGAGGAAAGCGAUGCCUUACCUCCGCCACCAACUAACCUUCCAAAGAAAGCAGUGCCACCACCGCCACCUCCAAAAAAUAGAAAAGCGGCUGAUAAAGUUGUUGAAAUAAAAGCUACAACUAUACUGAGUUUGAGUGAUUUACCGGAAGGAGAGGAUAAAAAGGAAAGUACAAAAACUGAUGAAUUGAGCAGAUGGACUGAACAACCAAAAAUUCCAAAGCCAGAAGAAAGAUUAUCUUCGUUAGAACGUCAGAUACAAGAUUUUGCAAACAUGAAGGAUCUACCGAUAAUGUCUGAUAAACCGACUACAGACUCUCCUCCUUUCAUUGAUGAAUCGCCGAAAGAAGAGUCGGAUAUUAGCCCUGAAGAAGGUCCAUCAUCUAUUCGAACAGCAUCAGGAUUAAUUGUUACUGAUUUCUAA